CAGCGGCCUGAGCGCGCGGAGGCGCCGGGAGCUGCCGCGUCGGCCUCGGCUGGGGGCCCCGCGACCCGCCCGGGCAUGAGGCGGGUACGGGGCCGCUCUCAGCCGCCUCUGCGGGGAGAAGGUGAGGAGAAGGCGGUGGCGGAUCCGCGGGGGGUCUGACCGGCCCUCCCCGCAGCGGCUGCCCGCGACCCCGCUCGCCCGGCCCGGCCCGGCCCGCGGGGCCUGCCCGCAGCUGCCCGGGAGGAGCCGGUCCCCGGCGCGGCUCGCUGCGUGCUGCCCCCGCUGCCCCCCGCUCGGCGGCUUGGCGGCCGAACACCCGAGGGGUGAACGUGACAACUCCCGGCUGGCUUACAGCCAACUAGAUGAAUAUCUGCAAUAAACCUCCUAAUAAGACAGCUCCAGAGAAUUUGGCCGAAGCUGUUCCUGAGGUGCAGGUCCAACGCGCUCGAAGGAAUGGCUGGAGCUGGCCUCUGCACCUUUUCCAGAUUAUUGCUUGGUCGCUGUACCUCUUCUUUGCGCUGGUUGGCUUUGGAAUCCUGGUUCCUCUCCUGCCUCGCUACUGGCUGCCUGCUGGCUAUAUUUGUCCAGGAGUGUGUUUUAUCUACCAUUUAGUUGUUCAUCUUACUGCAGUCUCCAUUGAUCCUGCGGAUGCAAAUGUGCGAGAAAAAAAUUAUCUGGGGCCUCUGGCCGCCUUCAAUCGUAAUCAACACACACAUGUCAUUGAAAACCGUCACUGCCAUGUCUGCGAUGUCGAUGUGAGUGCCAAGUCAAAGCACUGUGGAACUUGCAACAAGUGUGUGUGUGGCUUUGAUCACCACUGCAAAUGGCUCAACAAUUGUGUGGGAGAGAGGAAUUACUGGCUUUUUCUGAAUAGUGUGCUGUCUGCCCUUCUGGGCCUUGGGCUUCUGCUGCUCGUCGCUUGCUACGUCUUUGUGGAGUUCUUCGUUGACCCCACGAUGCUUCGCUCUGACCAGCACUUUGAUGCUCUACAGAACCACACGGACCUCUGGUUUGUGUUUCUCCCUGCAGCUCCUGUUGAGACUCGCGCACCUGCCGUUUUGACCACGAUUGGGAUUUUUAUUCUUCUGAGCCUAAUGACCGUGAUCCUGCUUGGCCACCUCCUGACCUUUCACAUCUAUCUCAUGUGGAACAAACUGACGACGUAUGAGUUCAUCCUGCAGCAGCGUCCGCAGCAUGAGACAGAAGAUGGGGAGAAGCAACAAGAGUCUUGUCCCUCCCAAGUGACACCCAGUCAGGAGGCAGGCUCUUUUCCAGGUCACCCUGGCUGUACAGACCCCGGUGUUCCCGUAGGGGAAUUCUCAGCAGUAACUGCAGGACAAGGCUUUUCCAAGCUCUGUGCCCACAGUGAUGAGGCUGACCCCGAGCAGAGGUCCUCCCCUGACCUCCCAUCUCUUCACUUCGCAGUCCCUUCUCAGCAGCAGAAAAAAAGAAAAAAGAAGAUGCAUAAAGCUUCUUCCUCAGCAAUGGACAGCAGAUCCAAAACACACGCUGGACCUUGGCCCUCUCUCCCAGGCCCCCAGUCAGAUGUCCCAGCCAUGGCUGCUGCCACCUCAUCUUCCCACAGCCUGCACUCCUUGGUGCCAGCUUUUCCUCUGGGAGCUGCUGUGCCCACCCGCAGCGACGGCCUCAUCCAGGUGGCAGGACCCCCUGCUGAGUAUCACUCAGAGUCCGCUGAGCCCAUAGAUGAGAUUCCUGUGACUCAGACUCGCCUGGGGAGUGUGGCUCUUCACAGGCCUCCUAAGAACAACUCUCAACACUGUCCCUUGUCCACAGACGAUCCCAGAGGUGACAGGAGGAAGAAUCUGUAUCCUGGGCACAAGGUAAAAAGGAAAAGCUGCCAGCAAGGCAGACAUGUGGAAAAAGACCUGGAACUCUUUUCCAAGAUUCCUGCUGUAUUUGUCAGUAAGAGCAGUGGAGAACCUCGUGUGUCUCAGCCCCAGCCCUGUGAGGGCACAUCCGAGCCGCAGCACAGAAAAUGUGCCAGCAAGCAGCAUGUGGACAAGCGUGUUCCACGUUUGAAGGACAUAAGGACAAACACCACAGCGGCCUAGUGGUCACCUUCCAAAGCCAUGGCCUUCUGGGGACAAGGCAAGAGGUUCUCUUUUUAUGUUACUGUUCUUGGCUCCGGUGACUUGUCUCUUUGCCUGGAGGUAGCAGCGCCCUUGACCUGCAGCUGCCCAUCUGCCAGCAGAACUAGCUGAGAGGUGGUAAAACCUGCUGCAUCAUU